GGUCCUUAGCGCGGUGCACCAUGUCGGACUCGCCAGAUAUUGUUUUUGAGCGAUCAUACUACAUCGGCAUCGUCUUCCAUGCUAUGCUUUAUGGCAUGGACAUAUAUAUGUAUUUUCAAUCCCUUUAUCUGCUGCUGAAUUCACGGAGGAAUGAGUUCUACCAGAGCAGUCGGAUAUAUGUCAUUGUUGGUGGCAUUAUGCUCUUUUUAUAUACGUUUGCUUUUGCCGCGGAUGCGGUAUAUGGGCAACUGAUGUGGAUUGAGCACAGAGACUUUCCUGGCGGUCCCGUAGCUUACUUUGUGGCAAAUAGUUCCAUCUGGAUCCAGACGUUAGGGACGCUCAGUGGUCAAAUAUCAAUGUGGAUGGGAGACGGUCUUUUGCUCUAUCGCUGCUGGAUAGUGUGGAAUACCUGGAAAGUCACGAUUUUCCCUUUCCUGAUAUAUCUCUUCUCAAUAAUAUUUGGCUUAAUCACACUCGUGGAGAGUGCACUACCGGGGGCGAAUUUUUUCCGUGGAAAUCCAGUGAAUUUCGGCGUUCCUUGGGUCGCGCUAUCCGUGGCACUCAACAUCGUAGCUACCACACUUAUCUGCACUCGUAUAAUGAUUGCACGUCGCCAGCUGAACAAGGCACAAAAUACGAAUGAUCGCAUGCCUGAAUACACGGGUGCAAUGGCUAUCUUGGUUGAAUCGUCUUUGCCUGUCAGUCUUCUGGGAAUUGUAUUUGCAGUUACGUUUGGGAAGAACCUGGACAUCAGCUUAGCCUUCACGCAAAUAUGGGGAGUCUCUGUGGUCCUUUCUCCGCAAUUCAUUAUUCUCAGAGUUGCAAUGGGAAGAGCAUGGACCCGGAAAGUCGCCUCUCAAUUCUCCAGCUCGAUACGGUUUACUGGUAUAUCUACGACACGAGUCAGCGAUGGUGUACACACCUUCGACUCACGAGAGAAAGGUUCCACUGCACUUGCGGGAGGAAAGAGCGCGCCAUCAUUGGUAGAUUCACAGACGAAAUCUGAGGUAUAAGUUAUGAAUGUGGAGGCUCAAGUGCAAAUGUAAUAACCUAUAAUUCCGUUCCAAACGACGAGAUGGACUUAACAAAAGAGUUAUCUAUUGGCAACUACUAUUCUGUUUCCGUGUAUCCAUAUAUACCGUAUACAGCUCGUGCUAUAUGGACGAUGUAUGC